AUGCAGUCUGUGCAAAGAAAGUUCGGUAAACUCUGGAACAAGGCCCCUGGAGAUAAUGCCAAAGUGUCGGUACUCUUGAACGACUACGAAGAUGCCGAUAAAGUGCUGGCCAAGAUAAUCGAGAGCAACACCGCUUGGCGCGAGUCGUGGUUCGCCCUCCUCAACUCCCAGUUGCAGGCCGUUGUCGAGUACGAGGCGCUUUACGACCCCAUCGUGGGCGCGUCAGACGGACAUGGACGUGAAUCACUUCCCACCCCUGCGCUCCAAUUGAGGCGGACGUUCAGGCUCCGAGAGGCAUACGCGGAGCUGAAGACCGAACUCACAGAAGAGGUGGGCCAAAUCGACGAGAGGAUCCUCAAGCCCGCGACCGAUGCCCGGGCCUGCAUCCAGCCCAUCCGCGCGACGAUCAAGAAGAGGGAGAACAAGAGACUGGACUAUGAGAAAUGCCAAGCCAAGCUCACCAAGCUCCGUCAGAAGCCAAACAGGACGCCGAAAGAGGAAGCGUCCCUCGCCAAGACGGAGGACGAGCUGGGAUGCCUGGCGGAUGAGUUCAGCAUUGCAGACGCCCACCUACGGGAGACCCUGCCCCUGGUCAUCACAGCGUGCUUCAGCCUGAUACCGCCACUACUUGCGGCCCAUGUGCUCAUCCAGAACCGGCUGCUAGGGCUCUACUACACCACCCUGAACGCCUACUGCGAUGAACUGGGCUUUCCCUCUCCGCCGCCCCCCAUGAGGGAGGUGAUAACGGAGUGGAACACCAGUUUCCAACCAGUCCACGGAGCUGUCGAGUCCCUCAGCUUCAUCUCCCGCGGGAAGGGUCUCCACCAGCCUUCCAUAAACGCGAGGAACGACCCCCAGGCUCGCAAUCCGGCCUUCUCGCCCAUGUCUCUAGCAGACGGCCCGCGUCGUUCGUCUUCAGGAUUGAUCCCCGGCGCCAGCAACGGCACGGCCCAACGACUGCUUCGAGUUCCGUCCGCCAACUCCCUUCCGCCGUCCCCCGCCCGGCCGGACCACCCGCCGCGGCCAAGCCGUAGUUUUACCGACCACCUGGCGCCCACGGACUUCACCACCGCCACCGUGCUCGGCCGGUCACCGGGCACCUCGCCCCAUUCUCCCAACAGACUGCCGGCGGAAUACCUCAGCGGCGGCAGCGGCGGCGUGCCCAGCCCCAGCGGCGGUUAUCGCACCCCGUUGGGGUCCGACGUAUCCCGCAACUCCUCCCAGCAGUCCCUGCUCAACGGGAUCGCCGCCAAGAAGAAGGCGCCGCCGCCGCCCCCUCCGAAGCCGAAGCCGAAGCCGCCCAUGCCCCCGCGGCCCGACGACUUCGUCGUGGCGCGGUACGCUUUCGCGGGCCAGGGGGAGGGCGACCUCUCGUUCCGCGAGGGCGAGCGCAUCAGGGUCGUCAAGCGGACGGGCACCGACCAGGACUGGUGGGUCGGCGAGCUCGCCGGCGGCGCCAGGGGGAACUUCCCGGCCAACUACUGCCGGCCCGCUUGA